AUGCAGGGUGAGCUUUCUGAGCGAGGGAAAGGCCUCGCCGCGCAGAGACCAUCUUUCCUCGCUGUAUUGAGUGACCUAUGGUCUCCGACAUCGAAUCCCGACGGAAUCCUACAAGCCAACGCACAUGCAUUGACAUACGGAGACGGAUUCAGCGGCUCGCACAAGCUCAAAGAAAGCCUUUGUCGCUUCAUGAACAGUCAAUUUUCUCCUCAGAGUACACUCUACCCCUCCCAUCUUGUCAUUACGUCUGGCGUUAGCAAUGCGAUCGAAUGUUGUGCCUGGGCUUUAGCCGAUCAUGGAGAUUUUGUUAUGGUCGGACGGCCGUAUUUCAAUGCAUUUAGGACGACCUUUGGAAUGCGGCCAGGGGCUAGGCUUACUGAUUUCAGUGUCCGGCUCCUGGAAGUCGAUUUUGGAGAAAUAGAUCCAUUCAGCAUGGCCGCAGUCCAACAGUAUGAAAGAGCACUUACUGAAGGAAAAAGCAGAGGCUUACGCAUUAAAGCUCUCAUAUUGUGCUCACCACACAAUCCCCUCGGCAAUUUAGGACGUUGCUACCCUGAGUCUGUCUUGAAAGAAUACUUGAAGUUCUGCUCGAGGAAUGGACUUCACGUUAUUUCUGACGAGAUCUACGCGUUGUCUGUCUGGGAUAACCCUUGUAUUCCUGAUGCCCCAGGUUUUAGAUCGAUCUUGUCCAUAAACCUAGAGGGGAUUAUUGACCCAAGCUUUGUACAUACUGAUUUCGGUGCAACCGGACUGAGGAUUGGCUGCUUGGUUAGUCAGUCGAAUAAGCUGCUUUUGGAGGCUGCGGAGGGCAUUUCCCUCUACAAUAUUCCAUCGAGCCUCGCAGACCAGAUUACCACAUCGCUCUUGCUAGAUGAUAGCUUCGUAACGAAGUAUAUUGCAAUCAAUCGGGCACGCUUGGCUGACAGCUAUCAUUUUGCGACAAAGACGCUACGAUCCCAUGGAAUUCCUUACCUUGAGUGCAACGCCGCGUUUUUCAUUUGGAUCAACUUGGGAGCUGUGGUAAAAGAUUCCACUGCCGAGGAUAUUCUUGGAAGGCUCCGGAAAGAGAAAAUUUACAUCGCCGCUGGGGAACAUUAUGGGGCGGAAGAAACGGGUUGGUUUCGGCUGGUUUUCUCGCACCCACUAAACGUUUUGGAGGAGGGACUCAAACGAAUGAUUCAGUCUAUUCAGUAA